AAAGUAAGAAGAUUUGAUUGAAAAAGUAAAGAAACAUAAAACAGCAAGAGCACAAAGAAGAUAAGAUAAACUCAAACAGAAGCUCAGGCACUUUCUACAACUUUGUCCGGCAAAGGAUGUGAGAAUUCGCAAAGCAUCGAAGUUGGCAAGAGAGAACAGCCAGAAGAUAUCAAAAUCCAGCUCUUCUGUUACGAAAAAGAUGAAACAAAUGAACAUACAGAACAAUAAUCGCACUAAAAAUAAAAAUCAGCAGAAUAUCAGCAACCAUCAAAAUAGUUCUAGAAACAAAAGUUUAGGAACAUCUAUAAAUAUGAAUUCCAUCAUGAAUAUAUUCCAAGCAUGUAAUUCCCAAAAGUCAAGAAAGAAAAUUAGUGAGAAGGCCAUUAAGAUGAUGAGAAAAUUGGGCCACACAAUCGUGCAACCAGGGGAGUUUGCGAUAAAAUAUGAUUAUUCAGCACCUUAUCAUUUAUUUCUGACAAGAAUUGAAAAUUCCAAGGAGACUUAUAAGCAAGAAUUCUCUAUAACUUUCCCCGAGAUUCUCGAUUGUAGUCUUGGAGAAAUUGUUUACAGUCUUCAUUUAAAUUUUAUCGUAGAUGUCGAAUGGCUAUGUUGGCAAUAUUUAUUGGCUGGCCAAUGUACUGAUAUGACGAUUCUGUAUGGCGACAAAGCAUAUUAUCAGACAUUAUUUAAUAAUAUUACUAUAAUAAAAGUAAACAUAGAAACCGGGUUUGCUUGUCAUCACACGAAGAUCAUGAUUCUGCAAUACAAAGAUGAUGGAAUUAGGGUGAUUGUCUCCACUGCCAACUUGCGUUCUACCGACUGGGAAAACGUGACACAAGGAUUGUGGAUUUCACCUCAUCUACCUCGGCUACCAGAAUCCGCGAAUCCGAGUGACGGAGAAUCUCCAACGGGUUUUAAAAAGGAUCUCGAGCGAUAUCUGAGUAAAUAUGAACAACCAACUUUGACGCAGUGGAUAUGUGCAGUGCAGAUGGCGGAUUUUUCUAAAGUAAACGUGUUUCUCAUUGCUUCGGUUCCUGGGAUUUAUCAAAAUAAUGAAGCCAAUUUUUGGGGGUACAAGAAAUUGGCGCACGUUCUAUCACGUCACGUGACAUUGCCGUCAGAUGUUUUUCCGUGGCCUAUAGUUGCACAAAGUUCCUCCAUAGGUAAACUUGGUUCAUCUUUUGAAAGUUGGUUGUUGAAGGAUAUAAUUCCGUGUAUGUCAAGAGAAAGUACUGAGAGUACAAAAGGUCAACCGGAAUUUAAGUUUAUUUAUCCAUCAAUUCAAAAUUACAAGCAGAGCUUUCAUUAUAAAAAUUUAUCUUGGUGCUCACCCUAUAGUGCAGAAGCGCAUUCUAAGCAGCAGUGGUUAGAUUUAUACUUGCACCAAUGGAAAGCAAAGCGAACAGAACGAGAUCGUGCAAUGCCUCAUAUUAAAUCAUAUACGAGGAUUUCGCCCGACUUAAAAAGCAUACCCUGGUUUGUGCUCACCAGCGCAAAUCUAAGCAAAGCCGCAUGGGGAUCAAUCAAACGACACGGUUAUAGUAUAGAAAACUACGAGGCCGGUAUUAUAUUUGUACCAAAAUUUAUCACUAAAACAACGACAUUUCCCAUUGUAAAUGAAAAUGACCCAGUCGUCCCGAUAUUUCCGAUUCCAUACGAUCUUCCAUUAUCCCAAUAUGAAUGGAAUGAUGGUCCUUUCGUCAUAGAAUUUUGCAACUCUCUGCGCUGGACUAAAUGGCUGUCUUCAACAGAAAAAAUAUUGUUUGAAGAAAAAUAUACAAAACAAAUGGAAGUAUCGGAUGAAGAAGAAACUCAGGAAAGCAAUAAUUUAUCCAAGAAGAAUAAAAUUUCUAAUAAUUUGUCUAAAAAAUCAUCGAGAAGAAUAAAAUCAGAAGAUCAACGUUCAGAUGUAGCAUUUCAAAAUUUAGAAACAUAUGCUUCAGUUUUAAAAGACAAACGGAAUGACGAAACAGAUUUUGGAAAUUUUGUUAUGACUCAGGAAAUCAAAACGUAA